GCGUGAUGGUGACCAAUGAAUCGCAUUACAUUGACAAUGUAUUACAAACCAAGCUUGUUAACCGGAAUCUGUUUAUCCCAUUAAUCUGCUCUAUCCCAUUAACCUGCUGAUUUGGCGCCGGUGGAUGGAUAACUGGCCUACCCGGACUGGUAAUUUGGAAGUUGUGGAAAAGACAAAGGUAUCAAUUUAUUUAGUUGGGAGGAAAUUAACAUUGUGAUUUGAUGGAUACCCAAUGCAUUAUUAAUAACGGAUUAAUAGGCAUUAAAUGAAUGGUUCCAAUGAAAUAGUAUUCAUCUUAUGAGAUCAUAUUUGACCAAAGACCUGAUGAAGGAAUUUGCCAGGACCAGCAUGACUACAGCGGGGAUGGAUCUGCGUCUGCUGAGAGCGCCCCAAACAACCAUCGCAAUUUUGCCAACUCUGAGCUUCACGGAAAAUGACACCAGCUGCGGGGAGCAGAUUCUUAGCCACAGGAAUGUGGAGAAGGUGCUUAUCGGAGGAGUUCUCACGGUGCUCACUUUGUUCACUAUUUGCGGGAACUUACUUGUGGUGAUAUCCGUGUGCUUUGUGAAGAAGCUGAAACAGCCCUCCAAUUAUCUAAUUGUCUCUCUGGCCGUGGCUGACCUGUCCAUAGCGGUGGCGGUGAUGCCCUUUGUCAGCAUCACGGACCUCAUCGGGGGGCAGUGGAUCUUCGGACAGGUGUUCUGCAACGUUUUCAUUGCCAUGGACGUGAUGUGUUGCACUGCUUCGAUCAUGACCCUGUGUGUAAUAAGCAUAGACAGGUAUCUAGGCAUAACUAAACCCUUGACCUACCCUGUGCGACAGAGUGGGAAAUGCAUGGCCAAAAUAGUUCUGUCUGUGUGGCUGCUGUCUGCUUCCAUCACCCUGCCCCCGUUGUUCGGCUGGGCCCAGAACGUCAACGAUGACAAGGUGUGUCUGAUCACCCAAGAUGUGGGCUACACCAUCUACUCCACCGCCGUUGCAUUCUACAUCCCCAUGUCGGUGAUGUUGAUGAUGUACUACCGCAUCUACCGAGCAGCCAAGGUGAGCGCCGCCAAGCACACCAUCCACGGCUUCCCCAAGGCGGAGGACGAGCGUAACAGUGUUGACUGCGUGACAGCGGCCCUGAAACUCCAGAAGGAGGUUGAGGAGUGUGCCAGUUUCUCUCGUCUGCUGAAGAACGACAGGAAAAACAUCUCCAUCUUCAAGCGGGAGCAGAAGGCGGCCGCCACGUUGGGGAUCGUUGUGGGGGCCUUCUCUGUCUGCUGGCUGCCCUUCUUCCUGAUGUCCACGGCCAGGCCCUUCAUCUGUGGGGUAGAGUGUAGCUGCGUUCCCCUCUGGGUGGAAAGGUUUCUCCUCUGGCUGGGCUAUGCCAACUCCCUCAUCAACCCAUUCAUCUAUGCCUUCUUCAACAGGGACCUGAGGACCACCUACCGUAACAUCUUGCUCUGCAGGUACAGGAACAUUAACCGCAAACUCUCCGCCGCCAGCAUGCACGAGGCCAUCAAACUGGCUGAGAGACCAGAUCUGGAGAUCUAGAACAGUGUUUCUUAAACUUCUCGAACACUUUGUUACACAAGGACCGGCAAACUAUGGUUUAGAUCAGGGUGUCAAACAUACGACUGCGGCCUGUGGGUGGUUUGAGUAAAAAAACAACUUCAAAUGUAGUGAUAAUGGACCUACAUUUUUACAGUCUCUUCACUCUGUCCAUCUUGUUAACAAUCAUCAAAACGAAAGCCUAACAGUCAGGGAGCAUCAAAAUUACAAAAAUGAGGCGCAAAAGGAGUUUGACACCCCUGGUUUAAAUGAAAACUUGGGCUUGACAUAUGACUAAAUUGGAGCAGAUAACCAUCUGUGGUCCACAGGUCCACAGACCAGGGGUUGAAAAACACUACUCUAGACUGAGGAAUCCUAUUCAGUUCAUGAGUAGAGAAGGCUAUAUGCAUGUGUAUAGAAUAACUGACAUUAUUGUUCAUACCUGGCACACACAAGAACAUUAGAUCCACAUCUUGUCAGGUUAUACACAGUACAUUUUGCAGUGUUCAUUUCACUUAAAGAGUUCAUUUUAACACUACGUCAGAUAACAUAUAGUCCCACUCUACAGAGUGUAAAAAGUACUCUGAUUGUAGUGUUACAUUUUGAGUGUUAAUGUAACAAUUCAUAUUAUAAAAUAUUAACAUUGCAUUACACGUGCCACUCUUACAGUAAGUGAUUUUGGGUGUUGUUUUAACACUAUUUGGUGUAAAGCCUAAUUUGCAUAUUUCCCAUGGUGCCUUUUAUUUUCGAUUGAAUUGUAGCGUUACCACCCUGUAUUUGUUAGUGACAGACAUGGUUGUUGAAUUCUUUCCUUUUAAAGACCUGUUAUAAUUAAAAAUAUAGCUUUAUGACAAUACAUUUCAUAUAUCAUAAGGCUUUAAUUUGAUGGCCUAGUUUUAUGCUAACAAAUCCUGGUUUACAAAUUACAGGCCACAUCAGGCCUGCAAGUCCCAUUGUGCUGACUGGCAAAGUGAUGUGUAAUUCAUUUUUUAAUCCAGCCAGUUAGGAUAUCCAACAGUUGGAAUUUCUAUUUACCCUCAACCUGCAUUCAGAAUGACUACCAGAGUUAGCAACCUUGUCUCAGAGCAUUUCUUAUUAUUCUGUAUGUAAAUCUGAGACACUCCAUUUAGUAUGAUAUGUUACGUUUGAUAUGGUUACAUAAGACAGAUGGUUACUUAAUGCAAAAACAAAAGGACGGUGGUUGGUCGGGGGGUGGUUGGGUGGGCGUAUAACACGGGAUGAGUGGGUGUAAAACAUGUACAUCAGGCAACCUAAACAACUUUGCAACAACUUAGCAUGUUAGCUAACCCUUCAGCUAACCCUAACACUAACUUUAACCCUUUAACCUAACUCCUAAACCUUAACCCUAACCCCUAGCUAGUUAACGUUAGCAAGCUAGCUAACGUUAGCCACCUAGCUAGAAUUCGUAAAAUAUCAUACAUUUUUCGAAUUUGUAACAUCUGGUAAAUUUUUCAAAUUCACAACAUAAAAUACGAAAUGGGUGAUGGACAUCCACAAAUGAAUACAUAACAUAUGAAAAGCAACCUAUCAUACCAAAUGUGUGCCUCAGAUACAGAAUAAUACAAAAGAGUAAAAUCCAAUCAUAUUUCAUUGGUAACAUACACAUGUUUAGCAAAUGUUAUUGCGGGUGUAGCAAAAUGCUUGUGUUUAGUCUUAGACCAGGUUGGGGUUAGGCACUCUUAAAAAGGAGACUUCCUAAACCAUAUAGACCGGAACAACCAUUUCACUAAUGGGUGCAAUAAAUCAAACUAAUUGACUGGAUUAGUUUAGAAACAUGUAUGUUAUUUAUCUUUGUAUCGCAUAAGAUUCAAUCAAUCAAUCAACGUACAUGCAAAAACACAGAUAUUAAAACAAUCAACGACAAAAAACUACAUGCAUAGCAUGCUGGGAAAUAUGAUAAUGAUGGUUGUGGUUUUGAUGGGACUGUUUUACUCUCCACAGUGUAAAACAAUAACUCUGGUUAUUAACACCAACACUGGGGUUCUUUUACACCAAUGAGUGUUCAUUUCACUCUAACAGAGGGAAUUUAAAGGUGCAUUAUGCAGAAAUUACUCCACCAUUUCCUGAUUGCUAAAAAUACUGUGUUUGAAGCUGAUGUACAAAACCGAAAGUAAAAAACUAAACUUAAGAAUGGGAAGCAUAAAAAUAUUUGGUCGUGUCGCCCAACAAGUUACAUGUUCCAGCUUUAACUCUGAAACUAUUGUGUGCUGUAGCUUGGAAAAUAAGUAAAUAAAUAUGACUCUGGAUGACAACAUAAUGAUGUUUGUUUCCAACAUUAGGGCUGUUAUCCGAAAACAGUUAAUUACGGUUUGUGUUUUGUUUCCUUGCCAAGAUUCUUUCGAGUAUUGUGAUAAGGUAUCGUCCCGGCCCUAACUGAAAUGCACAUAACUCCUCCUUUGGUCGUCUCUCUUUCCAGUUCUCUGCUGCCAAUGACU